CUACCACCGAAACAUCCAAAGGAAUUCUAACCAUUUUAUACUCAAGACAGAGUCGUAAUCAUAUUAGCCACUUCCAUCAAAGUUCGCAUACAGUCGGGCUUCUGCUGUCCCUCUGGCAACUCCCACCUGCGUUGUAUCUGUCUGGUAUUCUACCUCGAGGACCUAAAACGAAGCCCACCAUCCACCCCGUCGCAAUCGUUCCAGGACUACCGACUCCCACUUUCAGUAUAACUACCAACAACAACCUCCUGGUUGCCCACCUUAGCCCCAUUCGACCCCCACAUCACUCCCUCUUCCAAACAUGACAUCCAGUGUUCUCAUCGUCGGCGCGACAAGAGGCCUCGGUGCCUCCUUGGUCAAGCAAUAUGCCGCCAAUCCGGACCAUCCAUCCGUUUCCGGUACCACCCGGGCCUCCACUGCCCCAGCAUCGGAUCAACUCCCCGAGAAUGUCAAAUGGCUCACCGGCAUUGACCUAAUGAAUCCAACAGUCGGCCGGGACUUGACCGCCCAGCUUGAUGCCUCCCAACCGUUGUCUACAGUGAUCAUCUCGGCAGGUCACUUCACCACCGAGGACCUUUCGUCCGAGAAGGGCCCCAACUGGGCCGAGGAACAGCGCAUGUACACCACCAGUUCCAUCGCCCCCGUCUUCAUCGUUCAUGCCCUCCUCGAUGCCGGCCUGCUGCGCGAGGGCUCCAAGAUCAUCCUCGUGUCGUCCGAGGCUGGCAGCAUCGCCCUACGCCAUGAGAAGGAAGGCGGAGGGAACUACGCCCAUCACGCCAGCAAGGCCGCUCUCAACAUGGUCGGCCGCCUGCUGAGUCUCGACCUCCGCGAUCGGGGCGUCAUCGUCAGCAUUGUGCAUCCCGGGUUCAUGCGCACUGAUAUGACUGCCGGUGUUGGGUUCGAUCAAUAUUGGGAUGCCGGUGGUGGUAAAGUCCUACCUUCUCCGUUCUCCCACCCCCUCCCCCCUUUUUUCUUCUUAUUCUUCUCCUCUUAGCUAACCGUAAAUACUUCACUUCUACAGCCGUCACUCCCGAAGAAGCUGCCAAAAGCCUGGUAGAUUGGACCGAGAAACUCGACAUGUCCAAGACCGGAGAGUACUGGGCGCCUCGGGGACCGGGUCCGUUUCCUCGUUCUUAUCACCCAUACCCCUCUCCCGUUCACGACGCCAGAGACGAUGUGCUGACCUGAACGUCUUGUC